AGUACCGAAUUAUGGCGCCUUUUGGCUGUUCUUUUGGCUCAAAGAUACACAUGACUGAACCACAUAAACCAAUUUUGAGUGUACAAUCAGAAUAAAUGCUGGACCAUUAGCUCAAUGACAGGGCAAGCCAGCAGUUGAUUUAGCUUCUGGGCUUAGUUUUGGUUGGGCUCACACGUCUCUUUUCGGUGGGAAGCAGCUAAUCUGGUAGGAAAUCGGAGCCUUGAUGGAUCCCUUGACAGAUUUGUUGGGCAAUCAGGGAGUGUUUGGUGAGAAACCGUAGGGGGAUUUGGGUGUAUAUCAACUUAAGAACAUUGUCAUGUAACCUCAUGUGAGGGGUGGUAUCAGUUUGGUAGGCUAGAAAACUACUUGUUUUGUCUUAUCCUAUCAUAAUAGAUCCAUUUGCUUAUAAUAAGCAUCGUAAGCUAGUAUUUAAGACAGUGUAUAAUCACAGUGUUUCAAUAGCCCUGAAGAAUUGUUGUUUCUGCGAUGCUGGGGCAACUAGCUCUGUGGGCUAAAAUUGCCAACGAAGCGUCAUGCGGAUCACCAAGAUGGAUAGGGAGAGGCCUCUCUUGCGUAUGCAUAAAGCGAAAAGGGGCAUAUGAAAGAAUAUGCAUGAACCUCACACCAUUGCAGGAAGAAAGGCUUCGGAGAUUGAAACAUCGCAUGAAUGUUUAUUUUGAUCCAUCUAGACGAGAUCACCAGGAAGCACUGAAAGCUCUUUGGCAUGCGACAUAUCCUGAUCAAGAACUUCAAGGUUUGAUAUCUGAACAGUGGAAGGACAUGGGUUGGCAAGGAAGAGAUCCAUCAACUGACUUUAGAGGCGCAGGAUUCAUCUCUCUGGAGAAUCUUCUAUUCUUUGCCAAGACAUUCUCUGCCUCGUUUCAAAGACUGCUUAAGAAACAAUGUGGUAACAGAGCCACAUGGGAGUACCCGUUUGCAGUUGCCGGCGUAAAUAUUACAUUCAUGAUCAUGCAGAUGCUUGAUCUCCAGUCAACUAAGCCAAGAACAUUUGUGCGAGCAAUUUUUAUCCAAAUGCUCUCAGAGGAUGAGUGGGCAUUUGAUCUGCUCUAUUGCGUCGCAUUUGUUGUGAUGGACAAACAGUGGCUGGAGAAGAAUGCCUCUUACAUGGACUUCAAUGAAGUACUGAAGUCGACGCGUGCCCAGCUGGAGAGAGAGCUAAUGCUGGACGACGUGAUGAGGGUCGAAGACAUGCCAUCAUACAGCCUACUUUGCUAGUGAUCAAAUGUGCUGCAGAACAUAACUGAGUUCAUGGUUCAACUGUACAGUGCCUCCCUUUCUUGAUUUCUGGAAGGAAUUUUUUAGCGACUAAGUAGGGCGAUGGCUUGCUGGUGUCUUGCUGAAUUUGGGCCUAUGUAAACAACUCAUCUAUGUAUUGUCAUACUGAAUUAGUAUUCCUGGCAUCCGGCGCCAAUGUUGGUGA